CUUCCUCUCUUCUAUUCCAUGGUCCAUUUAUAUAUAUAUAGAGUAUGUCCAAUCAAUUAAGGUGACAGUUACCUUCUUCCAACUACUAAAUAUCUUCUCAAAAAAAAAAGAUCUUUUUUUCUUUAAAGAAAGAAUUCUGUGUUUUCUUGAUUCUGUUUGUAGCCAUGGCAGAAUUGGAAGCUAAGAAAGUAGAAAUUGUGGACCCUGCACCAGAAACAGAGACUGUUGAAGCUCCUAAAGAAGUAGGAGCGGCUGAUGAGAAAGCCAUAGCUGCACCAGCUCUGCCACCUCCUGAAGAAGACAAGGAAAAAGAAAAAGAAAAACCCGAUGACUCCAAAGCACUAGUUGUUGUCGAAGAAAAUAAAGAACCAGAACCUGCUGAUGAGAAAAAAGAGGGAUCUAUUGACAGAGAUACUGUGCUUGCACGCGUUGCAACAGAGAAGAGACUAUCACUCAUCAGAGCAUGGGAGGAAAGUGAGAAAUCAAAAGCCGAAAACAAGGCUCAAAAGAAGGUAUCUGCAAUUGGUGCAUGGGAAAACAGCAAGAAAGCAAACCUAGAGGCUGAACUCAAAAAGAUGGAGGAACAGUUGGAGAAAAAGAAGGCAGAAUAUACUGAGAAAAUGAAAAACAAAAUUGCUCUUCUCCACAAGGAAGCAGAAGAAAAGAGAGCGAUGAUUGAAGCUAAACGUGGAGAAGAUCUUCUCAAGGCAGAGGAGCUGGCAGCCAAAUACCGCGCCACUGGAACUGCUCCAAAGAAAAUCCUUGGAUUGUUUUGAAGCAGCAAGCACCAGGUCUGCAUCGGUAGUGAUUGGGAGUUGCAUUCUGUAAAGUUUGUGCAAAUGGAAUUUUGUUUCUUGUUAGAUUACAUUGUGUGAUUAUAUAUUUUAGAACCAUUUAUUGUUUAUUGUUAUGUGUGCAUAGUGAUGUAUUUCCAGUGUAUAUAGCACCUGGACAAAAUUAACUUUGUGAGAUUUUACGAAAAA